UUAGUCAUAAAUAACAUGAGAUAUAGCAAACCAAGAUCUAAAGCAGAUAACACAUUGCAUCAUUACACAUUAUCUCAUAGGCAAACCAUUCUUCAGCAAUAUUUGUAUUUCUACAACCCCAUUGUCUGCAAUUUGUGGUUUACUGAGUCUUCUUUUGUUAAAAUGGACAAAGGAGACGGGACCCACAUUGGUGCGAAUCAGGAAAUUUGCCUGCGGCUUGAAGCAAUUGAGGAUAUUGCACAGGACGAGCGACAUGGUGCCGGAAUGAUCUCCAGGCUACAUAUUGUAAUAAUUAAUGGACUGGAGGACGAAGGCAUUGCUUUGUUGAGGGGAAUUAUGGAUGAAGAGCAGCCCAGCGAUGACGAUGACGACAGCAUUGCCGUUGUUAAUGACGAUCUUGACAAUGGUGAUGAAGUUCUACAAGAAGAAGACGCUACUGCUGAGCCGCAAGUUGACAUGGACGCCAACCAGCCUUCGGAAGCAGAAGGUUCCCUGUCCGGAGGAUGCAGGACGAGGUCAAGAGAGGAAGAUGAUGAUGAUGAGAUGAGCAGCAAGCGAUUCAGGUGCUUGACUGACGCCAUCUCUGACGGUGACAACGACAGCGAUGCUGAGGAAGACGAGGCAAUGUCAAUGCCCUCCUCCAGCUCUCUGCCUGGAGGAUCCAGGAGGAGGUCAUGGGGGGAAGAUAGGAGAGCCAGCCAAUGAUUCAGACACGGACAUGGUUUCGGACAGAUGUUUGACAGUUACUCACAGUGACUGUAACACCCCAUCUCCAGACAGACAUCCUUUUAAAAAAAAUGUAACU